AUGACAUUUCGCAGACCCAUUCUCCUUGCUGUUGUCGUUGCUGCCGUGGUCAGCGGCAGCGCAAAGCACGCUUCUGCUGUCAUGCUAAAUCCCGUCCACUGGGCGGUGGUGGACGAGAUGAAAGGGCAGUGGCGGGACUUCGAGGGCCGGGACACGUGGCGCGUAACGUACGCUUGCGAGGACAUGCAGGGCAUCACGUGCAACGCCGAUGGCUACAUCACCAGGCUAAGUCACCUCGCUUUGAGCGGCCUACACAUGUGGGAACUGUUCACUUGUGAUGCGGCCUAUGCAUAUGCGGCCUAUGCAUAUGCGGCCUAUGCAUAUGCGGCCUAUGCAUAUGCGGCCUAUGCAUAUGCGUCCUAUGCAUAA